AGGAAUGUUCAGGUAAGCAGAGGAAUCAGGCAGAGAUCAACCGUGCAAAUACAAUACCAGGUCCUGCAGCACCCUGAUAGACUGAGGCUGGAACAUGACCCACAAUCUGCAUUAAAUAUAGCAGAAACCAAACCUGCAAAGAAACUGAGGUAGGUGGAGUCAGAAAUUGAUCUCGAGAGAUUUACCUGGAUCAAGAGCACAGCAAAAAUACACCAGCCGACUCCGGGAAAACUGCUAUAGCACCUGCAUCAAUAAUCGGUGAGAGGCCCUAUACACCUUGACGAAGGGAAGUUGACGUUUACCUAAGCUUAGGAAUCUUGACACGUGCACCUGUGAAGGAAUGAAACAUUUGACCUCCCACGGAACCGGAUAUAAAAUACCUCACUUGAAACAGAACAGCAUUUAUACCAGAUUGGAGAAUUACAGCAGGAAAAAAGCAGUUCCAAUUCAGAAAAAGCAGCGUCUGUCUGUAUAACACAAUCUGUUUCACACGUGAAGAAGUGGAGCAGAUUUAAAGGACUCAAUCAGAGAAACCUGGGCUUUCUGUGUUGUACUAUUGAUUCACUACAAUGGGUACAAAGGUAGUGAAGAUGGCAGAGUUUGUAACGUUUGAUACUGGAUUUUGAGUUUGAUAUUGGAUCUGUGCACUCUCACACCAGUCAAACAGGUCCUGCUCAUCGAAAAAUAAUCUGUGCUGAAGAUUUCUCUCUUCCCCUACAGGUCUGUACGCAUCUCACAGUUCUUUAAAGGUUAAAUCUGAAUGUGAUAGUUUAGCACUGUUUCAGGAAAUGCAUGGAGAUAUGGCAGAAAAUGUUGCAAAAGAGCCAGGGUGUGAUUAAGUAAUGACAGAGAUAGAGAGAGAGAGAGAGAGACAGACAGAGGGGAAGAUUGAACUCCUGAGGGCAGCACUGAUUGCAAGAAAUGUAAAGCUUGGAAGAGCAGCUUUAAUGAAGAGUCCAGUUUGAUUCCAUCCACAGUACUGAACUUCUCUCUAGGGCAUGUGCAGAUUAACAUUGCCUUGGCUCCCUGUCUGGCUGUCAGCAAGGAGGAAUUAGAGGAUUUGGAGAUGUACACUACUCACCUGGAAUCUGAAAGGUGAAAACUGAACAAUCGACUUAUUGAAGGAAGCAAGAUAACGUUAAAACAAUCAGGAAGUGACACCAGCUGAAUUCGUGGGAUAAUCGCAAGAUUGUGAACUGCAGCAGGCAUGUUCAAGGUGAACAUACAAUGAGCUUCUACGGCUCGAACAAGGCAGGAUUCUUGAAAAAACUUCUCUGGUUGAGAAUGUGGUCUGAUUUAGUUUAAUCCAUCGAAUGAGUGGAAUUUCCAGUCAAUCUGAAAUUGAGAGAUUUGUUCUCCAGACAGCAUCAUCGAAUUGUUCUGUCCAGCCAGAGACUCGAGCUUAAAAUAUCUACAGGACAUUGAAGUAAGGAUCUUUCUUUACAUUGAAGAAUCUCAAUUCGAUGUAUCAUAUGGAUCAUAUCUAUUUUGUUCAAUGUUUUGCUUUUGUCAACGUUGACUUUACGAAGAAUUGUGUUCCUGAAUUCAUCCAUUUGAAGAACAUCCCUUAGAUUUAGUAUCUGUUUAUUCAGGAUAUCACCUUUAAUACUUUGGGGAGAUUUGGUCUUGUACUUCACCAAUGUGUUGGUAACUCGUGAAUGUUUUGCCAAUGUCUGAGCUUUCUGAAAUCUCCUCUGGGCGUUUACCAGCCGAUCGUGCCCGGAUCCAGCAGAGUAUCCUGGAGGAUCAGAUGGAUCUAUGGUGGUUCGAAGAUCCUAAAAGAUCCAUUUUGUGUUAUUCUGGGGCUGUGGUCCUAAUUCUAGGAACUGGAGUUGGGGGAAUUGUUUUAUUGUCUUCUGCUACAAGUAAAUCGAGUGAAUGGAGGAUUGGAGUGGGGACUGUACUGUGUCUUUUAGCUUUGCUGAUUCUUUUGAAGCAGUUGCUGAGCUCUGCUAUCCAGGAUAUGAACUGUAUGAGGAAUCGAGCCCAGAUUGACAUUUUAAGGAGUGGAGGGUUAAUUGAUCAUCUGGUGUGUUUGGUGGCUGGGUCUAUGUUAGUAACCUGUGGCUGCAUACUGGCUAUCCUGGCUAAGUCUGAUGGUUACCUUGCAGAUAUACCCUGGAAUGACAUGUUAGUCGCAGGGGUGACGCUCACCGUUGCUGGUUCCACGAUUCUCCUCUCACUCCUUGUCUAUAUGUUAAUCAUCAAAUUCUGUCCCCAGAUCGGAGCCAGGUCUCCGAGCAGAGGGAUCCCAAAUGUUUAUAUAAUUUCUGGAGGCAUUUCGGAGAGGAGACUUCCUCCAGUAGAGCUAAUCUAGUGCAGAGACAGUAGCAAUUGCAUUCGAACUAAGAGAGCUAUGAGAUUGAGCUCACUGGAGCACUGAGUUUCUCCCAACAUUGCUACCUUCAGCUGUUAAGACUGAUAUAAUGUUAGGAAAGGAUUAAACUUGCAAACUCUUUAUUAACAAUGGAAUUUAAUGUAGGUUUGUGUUAAUAUCAAUCGUAAUAGAGUAAUUAUAUCUAAUUUGUGCUAUUUAAUCGCAAACUACGUAAACUAAAACUUGUAAUUCUGUUGAACUGGGAAAUAAAUAUGAAAUGUGUAAAAUACAAAAAAGUAAAAAUGUGAAGAUUUUAGCACUAAUUUAAUUAAAUUACUGAAGGAUUAUUACAAUUCCCUUUACCUCACUACUUGGCAUUAGAGCAAAUCCAUGCAUUAAAUGAUAUUAGUUCAGGGACUUUAUGAAACCAAAUGAAUCACAUGUUAAACACUAGUGCACUUUUCUCUGAGUAGGUUUGAACUGCAAGUCAUUUCAGUGCCUGCGUUAAUAACGUCAUCACUUUCUAGCUGCUUAUAA